GAAAGAAAUCUCAUCCGUUGGAGUUCCAUUGACCCGGUGCGAUUAAACGCAGUAAUUAAUUAAUCAAAUUUCGACGCUUCACGUGCUUCCGCGAACAUGAUCUCCUGGUUGUUCGUAUUGUUCUGUUCGUUGUUCUACUGGUCCAACAAUGUCUCGGCGCAACCUGGCUACCAGAGACUCACGAACACUGAGAAACGUGAUGGAGAACCCGAAACUUUGGUAGAUUUAGCGAACGCAGAAGACAACAGCAUUGUUGGACAGCUGAAUGCAGAAAUUCCUGUUGUGAUAAAUGACCGACAGAAGCGACUAUCGGAUCAACGGCUGGCAGAACUGCAAACUCUGAUGCGCAUCCAGAAAAUAAACGCGAGAUUGGGAGCAGUGACAAGGGGUGGUCGCCAUGUGAACGCGCUCAAGGUGGGUCGGAGGAAACGGUCGGUUUUCGAAAUGAACAUGAAGAACCUGAGGAAACUCUUCAAACUGUCGGGACAGCUCGGCGGUUAUAAAGGAAAUCUGGCUUUUCCUGCAAUCAGUUGAAGCCUCGAAGCGAUACAGAAUGUGACGCGAAUGUGACUUUGCCGAAUGCGGUACGCUGAAUUAAAAAAAGAUGACCCGCGGGCAGAAAGAAAGAAAUCCUGUUCGGUGUACCGAUCUGUCCUCGAGGAACUAUCGAAUAAUUACGAAUUAGAGUGCACACCAUUGAGAAUCAGUAUCACAACCGUCCCUCGUGUAUCGUAUAUAAUCGCGCUACCUAUUUAUUUCCUGUAAAUGAGAAACUUCUUCGAAUCGUCGUUGUAAGAUAUUUAUUUAUUAUUUUUCUACAUAUUGAAAUAAAUUAUACGAGUAUUUUAUUUAUUACACUGUAA